GGUGACCGCGACACAGGGGCGGGACUUCCGGCCUCGGUGUGGAGGCGUGUAGUGGGGCGCGUUGGUCCGCAUCCCUAGAACUGUGCUGGCAAGGAUGGUGAGGAGACGGGGGCUCACCUCCGCACCGAUGUAGGACCUGAUGGUGGAAGCCGUCCCACGCGGCCCCAUCGUCCCAUCGGUCGAUGGCGGAGGGGAAGGAGGCAGCGCAGAUGUUGGUGACCUUCAAGGAUGUGGCUGUGACCUUUACCCAGGAGGAGUGGAGACAGCUGGACCUGGCCCAGAGGACCCUGUACCAAGAGGUGAUGCUGGAGACCUGUGGGCUCCUGGUUUCAUUAGGGUAUUGGGUUCCCAAACCAGAGUUGGUCCACCUGCUAGAGCAUGGGCAGGAGCUGUGGACAGUGAAGAGAGGCCGUUCACAUCCUACCUGUGUAGGUGACAAAGCACAAGUUCAGACCAGAGAGCCAACCACUUACCUACCAGUCUUAUCUGAGCGGGCCUUUCUCCAGGGAAGCCUGACUCUGGAAUGUUCAAGUGAUUCAAGGUUGGGGAGAUCUAGGGAUCAGGAAGGGCUUUUGGAAAUGCAGAAAGGUCGGGUGACACCAAAGACAGACCCCCACGUGGAGACCCAUCUGGGGAAAGUGAGCCUUGAAGGUGAAGGUUUGGAGACAAAUGAUAGUCUACACUCCAGGGCAUUACAAGAGUGGUUAUCAGCAGAUGUUCUCCAUGAAUGUGACUCACAGCAGCCAGGGAAAGACACCUUGAUUCAUGCAGGGACAAACCCCUACAAAUGCAAACAGUGUGGGAAAGGUUUUAACAGGAAGUGGUAUCUUGUUCGACAUCAAAGGGUUCACACUGGAAUGAAACCCUAUGAAUGCAAUGCGUGUGGGAAAGCUUUUAGCCAGAGUUCAACUCUCAUUCGGCACUACCUUAUCCACACCGGGGAGAAACCAUACAAGUGCCUUGAAUGUGGGAAGGCCUUCAAACGCAGGUCAUACCUCAUGCAGCACCAUCCAAUCCACACUGGAGAGAAACCCUAUGAGUGCAGUCAGUGUCGAAAGGCCUUUACCCACCGGUCUACUUUUAUUCGCCAUAAUAGGACCCAUACUGGAGAAAAACCCUUUGAGUGCAAAGAAUGUGAGAAAGCUUUUAGCAAUAGGGCUCACCUAAUUCAACACUACAUCAUCCACACUGGAGAGAAGCCCUAUGAUUGCAUGGAGUGUGGAAAGGCCUUCAGAUGCAGCUCAGAACUCAUGCAGCACCAGCGGAUUCACACUGGGGAGAAGCCCUAUGAAUGCACCCAGUGUGGGAAAGCCUUUCACCGGAGCACGUACCUCAUUCAGCACUCUGUCAUCCACACUGGGGAAAUGCCCUACAAGUGUAUCCAGUGUGGGAAGGCCUUCAAACGCAGGUCACACCUUCUGCAGCACCAAAGGGUCCAUACAUGAGAGAACCCUACUGCAAUGAAUAUAGCAAGGCCUUCACCGACUCUUCCUAUUUUAUCAUUCAUAAUGGGACCCAAAAUGGAGGAGGAAAUCCUCCAAGUGCAAAGAAUGUCAGGAAACUUCAUUUUUUUUUUUUUUUUUUUUUUUUUGGGUCAGCUCUUUCUUAACUAACACAUGAGCAGUUACUUUGGAGAGAAGCCCUGUGAAUACAGUGAAUGUUAAGGAUCUCUUCAGCCACCACUCAGUUCUCACUCACUGCUGAAGGAUCCGUACCAGAGAGAAAUGUGGAAGGCAUUCCAUCAAAAUCAGAUAACUCAUGCUGGAGAAAGACAUUGCAAAUAUACCUAUUAAGGACAGUCUUUGCCAGAGGAAAAAUCUUACUGAGAAUUCAUAAUGAAAAGUUACUACAUAAUUGUCACUGAUGUGAGAAAACUUUCUGUGACUAGUUCAUCACUUACUUGUCCUAUAAAGAGCCAUGCUGGAAUUUGACCCACCUUGGGAUUUAUUCUAUAAACUUAUGAAAACCUUCAAUACAGGUAUCUUCUUGCUUUAUAUCCUUACAGACUUCCUUGUAAGAUCAGUUUUCUUUUUCUUUUUUUUUUUUUGGUAAGGGAAUGUUUGAGAGGCAAAGGGGUUUUGACCCCUUGUUUUUCAUAUACAUUCAUUGCUAUCCUGUGUCAGAGCUGGACCGUGAGGGCAGCUCUUAAAACACUUCUUGGACGCUGCCUCUGAUCCAGACAUCUCUGGGAAGAUAUCUGUGAGGAGAGUAAUUCUUUGUGAGAAAUAUGAAGGCUUGUGUCAUGAGAUUCUUGAAUUUACAAGAAAUUAGAAUACUGAGAAUGUCUUCAUGUGACACUUCUACUUUGUAUCUCAGGUGAGAAGAACCCAUGUAUGGAUGGCCACAUUAAAAUGUGCACCACAUAGACUGUUUAAGGCUUUUUUAUUUAUAAGCUCAAUUAUUAUUAAGAGACAGGGACUUGCUCUGUCAACCAGGCUAGAGUGCAGUGGCAUGAUCAUAGCUCUCUGUAACUUCGAAUUCUUGGGCUCAAAUGGUCCUCUUGUCUCGAGUUUCUGAGUAGCUUAGGCUACAGACAUGCACUACUACACCUGGCUAAUUUUUGUUAUUUUAGUAGAGACAAGGUUUUACCAUGUUGGCUAGGCUGGUCUGUAACUCCUAGCCUGAAGUGAUCUGCCUGCCUUGGCCUCCCAAAGUGCUGGGAUUACAGGUGUGAGUCACUGCACCUGGCCUUAGAUUUUUUAUAUAGAUGGGGUCUUGCUAUGCUGCCCAGACUUUUCUCAAACUGCUAGACUCAAGUGAUCAUUCUGCCUCAGCCUCCGAAAGUGUUGGGAUUGUAGGUGUGAGCCACCACACCCAGCCUAAUAUGGUUUCAAAUGCUCAGCACUCUCACAUUUUCCUGAUUCCAUUCUAUUUGUUGUCUUUGUUUUCUCUGGCAACAUAGUCACUUUGUAUCUGCUUGGCCCUGUCAGGUGAGUCCUAAUUCUUUCUGGUGUUUCUCAGGUUCUUUAAUCCUAUGUAGAGGGGUAUUUUCAGGUCCCCCUCAGCAUUUUUCUAGGGAAUAAUUAGAGCUAAAAUAAGCAAAACAAAACACAGAGCUAAGAUGAAUCCAUGGUAAACCCAGUAAACCCAAGAAAACAACAUGGAGAGGAAUCUUAUUGUCUGAUCUUGUAAAUGUUUGUGUGAAGUUUUGCUACGAAAUAAAAUGCCUAGCAUUUUAACAGAUGAAUCAGGAUAUAUGCGUGGAGGUUUAUGUGCAUUUCAUAGUUAAGCACCAUGUCCCUUGGUGCUAGCAUUGAAUAUGGCAAUUUAUUUUGUUUUGUUUUGUUUUGUUUUGUUUUGAGAUGGAGUCUCAUUCUGUCACCCAGGCUGGAGUGCAGUAGUGCGAU